ACACACACAUGUGCAGAUGAAGUAGAUUGUCAUGGUUUGUCUUUGAUUUAAAAUCCACCAGUUUUCUGAUUUGCUUUUGGGGUUUUUUUAUAUUUCAGGCUAACAGAGUUUUUAAUUUUUUUUAAUGUUUUACUAUGAACACUCAAGGAAAAGGGAAGUUUCUAAAAGAAAAAACAGAUCACUUAAUGAUUUUGUGUCAAUUUUUAAAAAGUAGAGAAUAGCUUUACCAGUAAUAAUAUCAGACUAAUGAGGAAGGUGUAAAUCUGAGAGCUGGUAGUGAAUAAAAACUUUUUGUGCAUUUCUGCAAUAGAAAACACACAGCAACAAUGUUUGAUGCUGCAUAUUACUGCUGUAUCUGUAUCUAUAUGCCCAUAUAAAUAGACUGCCAAUUAAGGGAGAAUCUCUAACUUUGUGGGACUGUUAGCUAAUAGGAAGAAGUGUAAGACCGAAGGGAGCAAGGAAAGGAGCCAAGGAAGCCCCUCCGCUGGUUUGGAUCGCAGCCGGGUAUAUUCCUUCGAAUCCGUUCACCUCCAUUCACAGUAAAUAGAAGCAUGGAGGCUUGACUCUCGGGAUCUAACGUCGAACAGCGGGGGGUAAAGACACUGCCGCAUGCGCCGUUGGUUAAACUUCACCACAGGGAGCAAACAGGAGCGCUGUAAGCGCAUUGUCAUUUAUAAUUAAGUCAUUUUAGCAAAAACGAGGAGUGUAUUCGGGGAGCGGAGCGGAGCAUGAAGCGGAUGGCCGUGGUGGCCAGGCACAAUGGCCUCGUCUCUCCUUUGGGGAACAACAACUCCGGGGCUUCGAGCAUCGUCUCCCCACCCCUAGCGAAAGCCACGAAUGUCUCCGCCUGUGCUGACACUCCAGCCGGGGGUGGGAUGGACGGCCUGCUGGAUUUCUCCAAAGGCCCCACCGUGAAAACCGAGCUUGUGUGCAAAUGGAUUGACCGAACUUCUUCGAAGCACAGGCUCGGGCGGACAGCGACAUCCGUCUGCGAGCAAACUUUCAGCUCCAUGCACGAGCUCGUGGACCACGUCACGAGCGCGCACGUGGCUGGGGGGCUGGAGAGCCUGAGUCACGUCUGUAUGUGGGACGAGUGUCUGCGCGGGGGGAAGGCGUUCAAAGCCAAAUACAAGCUCAUCAACCACAUCCGCGUGCACACCGGGGAGAAGCCCUUCUCGUGCGCAUUUCCCAACUGCGGCAAGAUGUUCGCACGCUCCGAGAACCUCAAGAUCCACACGCGCACGCAUACGGGUGAGAAGCCAUUCCAGUGCGAGUUUUGUGAGCGGCGCUUUGCUAACAGCAGUGACAGGAAGAAGCACUCACAGGUCCACACAGCUUCAAAGCCCUAUGACUGCAAGGCUCUGGGCUGCACCAAGUCUUACACCCACCCCAGCUCUCUGCGCAAACACAUGAAGAUCCAUGUCAAGUCGUCACCUACCUCUGAUCACCAGGACUUGUACAGCUUUGGCCAUCAUCAACUCCAGCAAUCUGGCUUCGAGCCCCUUGAUCUUAAAAUGAACCACUUCUCUUCAUCGCUUGCUAACAAAAGUGUUCAUUUCCCACUGUUGGCCACUCAUGAAUUAGAUCUCAGCUCUGGCAACGAAGUAAAUAGCAAGGUGUUGCUGCGGAGUUCGUCUCCAGUGGCAAUGCCUCUGGAUCUCUCUCUGUCGGGCCUCAAGAGUCAACUAAGCCAGAAGCAACAGAGUUCCAGGACCCCCAGACGGAGCCAGCGCUCAGUGAACCCGGCCUUAACUCAGCUGUCAAACAUUAAGGAGUGGUACGUUUGCACGAGGACUACAGCGCCACACUUUCCACUGCUUCAUCCAGACCACAUCAAAACAGAACGCAGUGAUGAGGACGAGUAUGUCACGUAGGGUAGAGGACCUGGUUGUUUUAGGCAGAUAAUACAGACAGAGCAAGCAGUUGUAUGCCUCAACAUCAAUGGCUCAUGGCGAAGGCUUUCAUCAAACAUCAAGACAGUUGUUUCACUAAAUAACUUAUCUCUGAGAUGUGUGGACAAAUGCAUUGUCUAAAACAGUGACAGAAAGGUCAUCAUUUGAUUCCUAAACAAAGUUUUACAACUAACACAAUGGUUUUGUUAAAUCAUGUGUACCCAUAGAAGUUGGAGGUGCAUUGUUUCCUAAAACUAUACAAACAGGGUGUCUGACCUUCGGAACCAGUCUAAGAGCUGACAUGGUUGAAGCAAAUUCAAGGGCUAAAGCGACAGUGAUGAAAAAGGCCAACAGGCAGCUCAGUAUGUUCAAACAUCAGACCUAUAGGGUGCAGGGUUGUCAGACCUGUGAAGGUUUUGUUUUUCUUUUGUUUUGCAAAAAUGUUGGAAAGAGCUGAUGCUGCUGCCAGUUGGGAUUUCUUCGACAUAUAGUUAGAAGAUUGGACGAGCACUUUGUUGGAAGCAAACUGAGGCCUUUAGUAACAAAUAAUGAGUGGAAACCUGGGCAAAGUGUUGCUGUGAUCGCUUCAAUAUGGUGGGCAGUGCUACGGUUUGCCUAAGUCAUCAAUUUAUUGUUUAAGCACCUCAUUAAAGCGUUAAUAAUUCCCUUGCUUCUUGUAGAAAGAUGUCAAAUCACCAUCGGCUGGUUCAAUAGUAACUACAUCCUUGGAGUGGUGAAAGCCGACAAGCUAUUUAAAUAUGCCUUUAUCAAGCCACUUCACCAGCCGAUUUGACGGAUUAGUUGACUGUGAGUUCAUUGGGAUCUGGAAGGCACAGAAAAACACCAUCUUUGAUGGAAUGCAGAAAUUAAAUUUGGUUCUUGGAAGAGCUAGAACAAACAUAUGGCUGUAUCAGUUAGGUGGAUUGAUACAGCCAACAGCCAAGGAAACUCCCCAGAUGCUGUUUGGCUGGACAAAACGACACUAAACGUUUUAUAGUCUGUUAAUAUCCUUAAACAUGGCGUUAUAUCCCACGAUUCCCAAAAUUACCACCAAACUAACUCACAGAUGACUGCAUGUAAAAAACAAGAACGGAUAAUUAGGUGGUGGAUACGUAUUGAUUUUUAUAUAAUGUGGAAGUGUGAUCAUGCUUAAUGCUGAAUUUCAUGGAUUGCCCAGGGAGUCUACUUACUUCAAGCUGCUCCAACCUAACUCUGGGCAAAGACUCAUUUGUCUUGGAGGAUUUUCAGUCAGUUACUUGGUAGCAAGAAGAAAUCAAAUUGUGGAAUAAAAUUCUGGAAUCACUCGAUAUUACAAAAAAAAUGUAGAAUCACCAUUUAUUUUGCAUUUCUUAGAAGAUUAUUGUACAAAUCUAAUUCUGGAAAUGAGUCUGCCUAUCAACCAGAAAAUAAGAAAGCUGAAAUAAAGAACAUGGCUAUACAACUGCUUCAACAAAGUAAAUCAUCAGUGAAUGUUGCAGAAGAUGGUGAUUGAUCCCAGUCAGUUCAGUCCUAGAUUUGGGCCAAGAACAAACAAGAGAAAGGUUAUUGAAGGAAGAUAUUAAAGCAUCCUUGGAAACAAAACUAUGUCCAACAAAAGAAAUAAAAUGACAAAGGGUGAGAAACAAGAGUCCGUGUUGAUAAGUGAACCGUAAUAAAUUAACUGAAGGAAAUGAAGCAGCCUUGAGACCCUAUCAGAUCAGAAAACACAGAGAGAUGGCAAAAAUGGGUCUAAGUCCUGGCUUUAAGUGUUUGGUAAAAGGGGCUGCUAGAAUGGAAUCACUGAACAACUGCAUCGUAGGCAGAUGAGUACAGAGGCACAGCUCAACCAGUGUUCAUUUAAUCUGAGGAAAACAUUGGUCAGCAGAAUAUGCUGUAGGUAAUAACAUGUUGAGGAUGGAGCACAACAACUUUGCUUGUAUUUGAAUCAUUGAUUGCAUUUGGACAACCAGCAAGAGGAUUGGCCAAUCACAGAGCUCAGUCAGAUAUUACUGGGUUUGGGUUGAAUGCCUGAAACAUAUUUUAUACAUAUUGCUCAGGUGAAUGCUACAGAGUUAUAAGCCAUGCCCGUUUGGUUCCAGAAUCACGGCUGUGUUUUAAAAGCUCAAACUUUAAGACUCCUCUGUUUAUUUCACCAAUCCAAAGUACUGUAGGUUUGGUGAUGAUGAAGUCAGUUUUCAGGAUGAUUAUCCUUUUGUCCACUGAUCAAAGAGACUUUUCUUUAGGAAGGCAGAUCAACUCAAUGUUCUCAAUCUGAUUUAAACUAAUCGGUCUUUUCCAUUCCUCUGAGAACUCAAGCUUUCAGAAAAGAAGAGGUGUGACUAAGUUUCUUUUCAGUAUUGAAAGAUUCCAUAAUUUCUCCUCAACUUGAUUUGCAAAUUAAUUUGAAAUCUGUGCCAUUAUUUACAGCAGCGUCAUUUUAUAUUCAGAGUUAUGUUUCACAAAGCCUGAUGUUCUUCUGUUAAACCUCUAUCUUUGUGUCAUAUCACCUCCAGGAGUAGUAAUUCCAUGUUGUUCCAAAGAAUAAAGUGUUUCACACAGUCACUUCGGAAUCAGAUUGGAGUCCAGAUCUGUCUCAACAUUAAUGUGGUGGACUUUAACUUACACGUGUUUCCCAAGCUGAACCGGGCCAUGGAUUGCAUCUGUCACAGCGUUCCUUUCUCAGAUGUUGGACACAGACGCAUUCACGUUUUUCCGAGAUGUUCCAGCUCAGACAGUCAUAUGUUUAUGGGACUGUGUGUUCUGUCCUCAGUAAAUGUGUUGCUAAUUUAAGGCAGUGAUUAAAAUGAAUGAUGGCAUUUGCUGAUGUAAAUUCCAGUGAAGUGGACCUACCAUAUAAAAAGCCUUCUGAUUAGACCACUCUGAACUCCAGUUACUGUGGAGAAACAUGAGAGAAAUAGAAAAAAGACAAAUAACUGAACAUAAAAAAGUUUAAUCCCGUUGCUGCCGAAUGUUUUUAGAAACAGUUAUUGUCUUCUAUUUUUUCAAAUGGGUAUCUGGAUUCAGAUUUGUAUGCAUUUUUUAUAAGCAACAAAAUUAGUAAACUGAGGAGGUUUGGCCAAGUAUUUAGAUGGAUAACAACCCAUUUCCUCUCCACCCUGAUUGACCUUGUCAGCCCCGAACCUGACAAGAUUUUAAAUGUUCUGCAGCUCACUUUGAACAUGGACAAAGGUAACAGACACAAUUGAAGCAAAGACAGUCUAUGGUGACUAUUUUCUUUGUUCAUCAUUCUGUUCUUUAUUUAUCAUUCUCAGCACAUUCACUUUGAAAUAAAUUCAUGCAUAAAAUA